AUGAAUAAUUUAGAUUAAUCAAUUUAAUCAGAAAUCAAUGAGUUCACAGCACAAUUUUAAUAGUAAGAAAAAGUAAUUAAUAAUCCAGAAUCAUUAUCGUUUUAGAAUAAGUCUUAAUAGAUUUAACAAAAUUCAUCAAUACAAUUUUAAUCAGCUGAACAAUUACAAUCAUAUCCAUAGAGUAUAAUCCAUUUUUAGGAAUAACCUUAAGUGGAAAUACUUUAUACAUCAUAAAAUGAAACAGAACAAUAUUUAAAUAUUAGUUUUUAGGAUAUAAUUUAGCUUCUCUUUAAUAAUUAAUGUCCUUAGCUUAAUAAUGUGCUUAAAACUGUGAUAUUUAGAAGCUAUAUAAUCAUAAAUGUGUUUACUAUUAUUAAUAUAAUUUUCAUAAUUAAUGAAGUAGUAGCCUUAUAUUUUUCCUUAAUAACAAAGGAUGACAUUAAAGAAUUAUUUAGUGUUUAUUUUGGAUUUAAUUUAAUUUCAGAUUGCUUAGUCAUCUAUAUUAAUUGUUAAUUACGAUACAUUAUAAAUGAAGCUGAUCAAAUAAAUCACGGGGAUAUAACUCAUCCACUUAUUGAAUAUUUAAAAUACACAAUAAAAUUAAAUAGUCCAUUUGAGGACAUCAUAGAAGAUGAAGAAUAAAAUUCAUAAGCCUAAUAAGUAGCUAUCAGUAUAUCAGAAAAAAUAACAACAACAAAAUGGUUAUUCUAUUUGCUUGAAAGUUAAAACUCUUAAAUGUUUGCAAUGAAUCGAGUAUGUUGUUUAGUAAAAAUUAUAUUAUUUGCUUGGGGAAAUAUCACAAUAGUGUAAUGGGCAUUUCUGAAUUGGAAUAAUAAGACCAAUGGAAUAGAUUAAUUUGAAUCAAUUUUAAUAGUAUUGACAUUAUUAUCAAUGCUUAUAGGUUACAUGAUAAUUACAAUAGUAAUUUGUAUUAUAUUAAUAAUUUGUGCAAUAAUUCCAAUAAUAAUAGGUGUAGCUAUAUGGUAAUCAUGUAGUUGGUGUACUGAUUUAUAUGAUGAAUAUAAAUAGCAUAGAAUAGAAUAAUAAAGACAAGCAUUUCUAUCAAAUUUAAGAUCUUAAAAGUUUCAAGAUUUAAAAGAAUAAGAUACAAAUGUGCAUGAAGAGUGUUCAAUUUGCUUAUAGACGUAUCAAAUUGAUGAUGAUUGUGUUAAAUUACCUUGUAAUGUAGAUGGAGGCAAUAAAAAAAUUAAUCAUGUUUUCCAUGACUUAUGUAUAAGAAUUUGGAUACAAGAUCAAGGAUCUUGUCCUAUAUGUAGAACUAUAUUUAUUGAAAGGCUUGAAUAUUGA